AUAGAAGGCAGGAAAGGUCCGAAUGCCUCUUCACAUGCGCUUGUUCCAUGUGAGUUGGAGGCUUGCGUCGUCGGCCCUCCCCGUCCCUUUCUCUUCCUCAGCGUGCCCCUACUCAAAUUGCGCGCUCAUUGCCCUCGACCUCCAGGUUCCGAUCAUCUCCCAACCACUACUGGCUAACGCUUUGGCUCCUACUACCUCCUACGCUGGAUAUAAAACAGGCAGGAGUGGAGUAAGUUCGAAGAUGGCGAAGCCAAUGUCGUUUCUUGUGUUGCAAGUGCUGCUGGUUCCUGUUCUUCUUUUUCUUCUUCCAGGUGCGGAAUGCCAGAGCUCUCAUGGCGGCGGCGCAAAUCUGACGGUGACGGGCACGGUGUUCUGUGACGCGUGCUCCCGCAGCUCCUUCUCCAACCACAGCUACUUCUUGCCAGGCGUCAGAGUAAGAAUCGACUGCACGUUCGGAGCAAACUCCCCGUCCAAAGAAGAGAUCAAGAUCACAGCCGAGAAGACCACCAACAGCUACGGCGCGUACCAGCUGGACAUCCCGGCGAUCGACGGCGUCGGCUGCACCACCGCCGCCGCCGCCGUCUCCUUCUGCCGGGCCGCCGUGCUGGACAACCCCUCCGCGCUCUGCAACGUGCCGGCCCUGACCACCACCGUGGGCCACAUCUCUUUCUCCACGCAGGCCCAGGAGCCCAACUCCAACGCCAACGUCUGCCUCUACAACCUCAACUCGCUCUACUACCGCCCGCGGCCCAACAAGGGCCCUGGCCUGUGCGACGACGACGGCGGAGGCCCGCUACAGCCCGCCGCGCUGAACGAUUCUCUGUUCUACUGCCCGCGCUGGCCCUGGCCGCCGAUCCCCUUCUGCACGCCGCGCCCAUGGUUCCCUCCCAUCCCCUUCUUCACGCCGCCGCCGCCGGCGUUCCCGUUCCCUCUGCCGCCAUUCCCGCCGUUCCCGUUCUUCACACCGCCGUCUCCGCCGCCGCCGGCGUUCCCGUUCAACCUGCCGCCCUGGCCGUGGACGCCGCCGGCGCCGGCACCGGCACCGCCGUCGUUCCCGUUCCCUCGUCUGCCGCCGAUUUUCUCGGCGCCGUCUCCGCCCCCGCCGCCGCCACCGCCUGCGUUCCCGUUCCCGAACUUGCCGCCGUUUCCGCACCUGCCACCGUUUGCGUUUCCACCAUUGCCGUCGUUUUAUUCGCCACCGCCUCCUCCUCCUCCGCCGCCGCCGCCGCCUCCGCCGCCUUCGUUCCAUUGGCCUUUCCCGCCGUUACCUUUCUUCCCUCCGACGAGUCCUUCUGCCCCUUCUCCUCCGCCUUUGAAGCGUUCCAGGAAAGAUCCAACCACCUGGUCUUCUUCUAAAACUACUCCUGCUCCAUAAUUACAGUAAAUAUUACGGAGUAAUAUGUUUUGCUCGUGCUAGUAAAAAAAAAAGAUGAUGAUGUACUAGGUAUAUGAAUUCGUUUUUCUGUUUGGUUCGUUGUGGUUGCAUGCAAGUGAGUACAUAUUCUGGAAUGUAAGCAAAUGACUUAUUCUGUCUUGCAGUUUUAGGAUGUCUAAACCUGCGAUGUUCGACUUUUGAAACUCUGAGGGCUUCUUUGGA